CUUCCAAGAAAUACACCGCUACCGUUAUCAUACAAACCACUCUACCUAAUAACGUUCUUCCCAAAACAGGUUAUGAAUACCUUGGAAUGCAAGGCUUUUACUGAGGAGCAAGAAGCUCUUGUCGUCAAGUCAUGGCAUGUAAUGAAAAAGAAUUCUGCAGAGUUGGGCCUUAAGUUCUUCUUGAAGAUAUUUGAGAUUGCUCCAUCAGCAAAGAAGUUGUUCUCAUUCUUAAGAGACUCAAAUAUCCCCGUUGAGCAAAACCCAAAGCUGAAGCCCCAUGCCAUGUCUGUCUUUAUAAUGACUUGUGAAUCAGCAGUUCAACUAAGGAAAGCUGGCAAAGUUACUGUGAGAGAGUCGAGCCUAAAGAAACUGGGAGCUGUCCACUUCAAGUACGGUGUCGUUGACGAACAUUUUGAGGUGACAAAGUUUGCAUUAUUGGAGACCAUUAAAGAAGCAGUACCAGAAAUUUGGUCACCGGAAAUGAAGAAUGCAUGGGCUGAAGCUUACGAUCAGCUGGUUGCUGCCAUUAAAACAGAAAUGAAGCCCUCCUCUUAGGAAAUCUCUUUCCUUAAUUAUGAAAAAUAAACUUUGUGGAGAAACUGGUGUGAAUAUUUACGCAAAUGAAUUUGUUUGUAUGCACAUGUGUGCCGUGAUUUGUAGGUUUUUUCAUUGUGUGCUGUGAUAGGAAUGUUCCUACAGAGUGAAAGUUGAUGAGAGAAAAGUAAAAGAAAUAUGAAAUUUAACAGUUUCGUCUCA